GUUACCAAACAUUUGAACAGGGAACACAAAAAAAUCUAUCAAUCUCAUUAUAUGGUCGAAUUAAGAACUUGUCCCAUAUAAUUUAUUUUGUUACUGAAAUACGGGAAGUUACUAUGACAAUGUAGGCAUUGAACAUUAGUCGGCGUUAGUUCUGUCUACACAGUGAAAGCGGUAUAUAUAAAGUGGUGAUUUGUGGACUUGCAAUUUCCGAGAAUGUCUUACACAGCGGAAGAAAUCGAGGCUGUCAAUGUACCAAAUAUACAGAAUCUGCUACAGCUAGAUCCCUGGUUAGAACCUUAUAAACAUGAGAUCAAACGCAGAUAUAAAUGCUUUUUAGAUCAUAUGAAGUGGAUAAACGAUGUGUGUGGUUUAGAAGAGUUUACUCAGGGCUACAAGGAAUUUGGGGUUCAUGUACGUGAUGAUGGAUCAAUAUACUGUAAAGAAUGGGCUCCAGGAGCGAAAGAAAUGUAUUUGAGGGGAGAUUUUAAUGAUUGGCAGGAAUUUACUCAUCCUUUCAAGAAUGUGGGUUUUGGGAAAUGGGAGUUAACAAUACCAUCUGCUAAUGGUUCACCUGUGAUAAAUCAUCUUUCGAAAAUCAAACUUUUAGUGGUCGCUCAAGAUGGUCGUCGACUGGAUAGAUUGAGUCCAUGGGCUCCAUAUGUUAAAUGCUUUGAGGGGAAUAUCAUUUAUGACCAAUUAUUGUACAGUCCCCCUGAGAGAUACCAACUUAAAUAUCCACAUCCUCCACGGCCUAAAAGCCUUCGAAUUUACGAGUGUCACAUUGGUAUUUCGUCAUCUGAACCAGUUGUCGCAUCUUAUUCUCAUUUCAAGGACAAUAUUCUUCCCCGAAUUAAAGACCUAGGUUAUAAUGCAAUUCAGAUAAUGGCGCUAAUGGAACAUGCUUACUAUGCUUCGUUCGGAUACCAGGUGACUAGCUUCUUUGCUGCCUCCAGUCGCUUUGGCACUCCAGAAGAGCUACGCGCCAUGGUUGAUGAAGCACACCGACUGGGCAUUGUAGUUCUCCUAGAUGUUGUUCAUAGUCAUGCCUCUAAGAAUACAAAUGAUGGUCUCAACCAGUUCGAUGGCACAAAUGCUUGUUAUUUCCAUGAUCUCGGCCGUGGAACUCAUGAAUUAUGGGAUUCUCGUCUAUUCAAUUAUACAGAGUUGGAAGUGUUACGCUUCCUUAUGUCAAAUUUACGUUGGUGGAUUGAAGAGUACGGUUUUGAUGGUUUCCGUUUCGAUGGGGUUAUGUCUAUGUUGUACCAUCAUCAUGGUUUGAUGACCAACUUUUCCGGUCAUUAUGGGGAAUAUUUUGGUCUGUCCGUAGACACAGAAUCAUUUACUUAUUUAAUGUUAGCUAACCAUUUUCUACACGAAAAGUACCCAUUUAUUAUUACGAUUGCAGAAGAGGUUAGCGGCAUGCCUACUCUGUGUCGUCCAGUUUCCGAAGGCGGCGGUGGAUUCGACUAUCGAUUAGCUAUGGCCAUUCCUGAUAAAUGGAUUGAGCUUCUAAAGAAAUAUAAAGAUGAAGAUUGGAACAUGAGUAAUCUCGUCCAUACAUUGACUAAUCGACGUUAUGGUGAACCAAAUAUUGCAUACACAGAAUGUCAUGAUCAAGCUUUGGUUGGUGAUAAGACAUUAUCCUUUUGGCUUAUGGACAAAGAAAUGUACUUCAGUAUGAGCACUUUAAGCCCUCCAAAUUUAAUUAUUGACCGUGGUAUUGCAUUACACAAGUUAAUACGUUUUAUAACACACACCUUAGGUGGUGAAGGUUAUCUCAACUUUAUGGGUAAUGAGUUUGGUCAUCCUGAAUGGUUGGAUUUCCCAAGAGCUGGGAAUAAUAGUUCCUAUCACUAUGCUCGCCGUCAGUGGAACUUGGUGGAUGAUCCAUUGUUGCGUUAUAAAUAUCUAAACAACUUUGAUAGAGCUAUGCAACAUUUAGAGGAAAGAUACGGUUGGCUUGCGGCUCCACAGGCCUAUGUUAGUAGAAAGAAUGAAGGCGAUAAAGUUAUUGCGUUUGAACGUGCUGGAGUUUUGUUUGUCUUUAAUUUUCAUCCCACUCAAAGUUUUGCGGAUUACAAAAUUGGAGUCGAAACACCUGGACAGUAUCAUAUUGUUUUGGAUUCUGACCAAGAAGAAUUUGGUGGCUUUAAACGAAUCGACCAAUCUGUUGAUGUUUUCACCAGAAAUGAACCAUGGGAUAAUCGUCGAAAUUGUGUUUUUCUAUAUCUGCCAAGCCGUACCUGUAUGGCUUUAGCACUGCAAUAAAAAAAAUUUUCAUCAUUAUACAUUACUUAAUUUAAUUACAACAAUAUCCAUUGAAUUUCUUUUUUAAAUUAAAUUGUAUGUAGUGAUUUACUUCAUUUUAUCUGCAUUUUGACUUUAAUUUAUGAAUUUUAUCUUAAUUACAAAGUGCAAUUAUAUUAUUUUGACAUGGAUAUCUUGGUGUUAUUUGACGUUAUCUACUGUGAAUUCUCUACAUUAUACUGUCGUACUAAACUCAUAACUUCAGCAUAGCGAUAAUUCAGAAUAGCAACAUGAUUUAACGUCUGUUCUAUGUUGACAGUGUAUUUCUUAUUUUGGGGAGUGGUUUGCAUUUUAAGUUCCCAGUUUAUAAUUAUCGGUAUUAGAACUGACCCAUGUAUUAAGGUAGACAAUUAUUGGCCUCUCCUCAUCACGUUUCGUUUAUCUCUUUCAAUAUAGGUUUACAGUAUCAUA